GAAAAAAAUCCUUCCCUGGGAGGGUGCUGAGGCCCUGGCACACAUUGACCAGAGAAGCUGUGGCUGUCCCAUCCCUGGAAGUGUCCAAGGCCAGGCUGUGCAGGCUUGGGGCCCUCUGAUCCAGUGGAAGGUGUCCCUGCUCGUGGCAUGAUCAAGGUGCUGUACCAUGUCCAGGUAGGACACUGCCAGCAUAACAAGCAUCCCAAGACAGCCUCUCCCAGGCCUUGAGCUCGGGUGGCUCCUCUGCUUCCUGCAGCAGCUGGGCGAGGGAGAAGAGCUGGAAUAGCCCCACGUAUCCAGCCGCUGCCCACAGCACCCCUAGGAUGGAUUCCAAAGGCAACGUGCGAAGCGGAAACAAACCCGACGCCAAGGCCGCCAGCUCCGGGAAGCCGGAAAAGCCCAACCCCGGGCCUGCCACGAAUGCAGACAAGAAGGAGGCCCCCAAAGAGCAGCCUGCUCCUGCCACGGCCACCAAGAAGGCAGCAGCUGACGCCGCCAUCGCCAACAACCACAGCAACCUGAAGCCCGGCCCCGCCGGCACGGAGCCGCAGGAGGCCAGCGGGCAGUCCCCUGACUCUGACCACAAGGGAAACAGCUCCGAGGAGUCCCCGGGCGGCUUCUUCGACAACAUGAAGCCCUUGAUCAUCGUGGGAGGAGUGGCGGUGGCCGCGCUGGCUGUGAUUGUGGGAGUGGCUUUCCUAGCCCGGAAAAAAUGAAGACCGAGACGGGGUGGGGAUGAGGAACCCAGCCCAGCUGUACAGCUCCUUUUGAGACAAAUGCAUGCAGAGAAAUUCUAUACAUAGCUAUAUAUAUAGAGAGCGAGCUAGAUAGGCCAACAACAAACACCAACUGCAACUCCAGGGUCUUGUUCAAGACGACUGUGCCAGUCUGACCCGCUGUGGGUAACUCCAUGCACUCAGUGUGUUCUUUCAUGUAAUAUAUCUUGGCUUAUACCGCUGUGUAUAGAUUACAGCUUCUCCUGAUCGGUGUAAAUGACGGUGUCCCCUCCCCUCCCCUGCUGUCCUCCCUGGGAGACACCUCCCUUCCCCUCCUUGCAGUCCCGUUUUCAAGUCCAAAGUGUUCUGCGUCCCAUUCAGAGUCCCAAUUUGUGUUUUGGUUUCUGUUUGUUUCUGUUUUAACUUGGGCUGUGGUAAAGAAGAUGGAAGGGGAGUGCUAAGGCCCGGCUCUCCUGUCACACUGGGCUGGGGGUGUUUUUCCAGCCCCAUCCCAGGACAAGGGAAGCGCAGGGGCAGUGGCAGGGAAGAGGCAGCUCCCUGACCCAGCAGCCACGGGCGAUCCCUGAUCGGUGUCUGUGCAUCUGCCCCUCAUCACCCCACCUUGGAACGCCCGUCUGGGAAGUGCUCCGGAGGAACCAGGGUGGCUGCGGCGUGGCAGAGCCCGGUGUGAGCCUGGGAUGUCACAUCAGGUCACUCCUCUGGCUGAGCUGCCAGUGGGACAGUGACCAGAGGGGCUGUGCUGUGGCCCAGAGAAGUCCCAUUGCAGCCUUCAGGAUCCCAGGGCUCGCCAGGGUCACGUGGGCAGCGUUUGGAAUAGAGAGACUUUGUUUUGGAUCUAGUAUUUCCUAAAGUUAGGCUGGGCUUUGCAAGGUGCUGUGGGCUCAGUCCAAGCUCCCUCAAGGCUGGCUGGACUGUUUGUGUUCAUUUUUUGGGGUUUUGGAUAAGGCCUUUCAGUGGAAUUUUUUUUUUUCCCCACUGAAGGCUGUGGCCUCUCAGCAUAUGGGAAGACAGGAAAAUGGGGAGAAAUGAGCUGGUGUUAGGGCAGAGAGGACCUGGGACCCCAUGAGAGUUAACACUAACCUACCUGCUUUAUACCAGGGAACCCCCUCCAAGGGCACUGGAGUCUGUCCUGGGUGGAUUUCUUGCCUCCCUCUUGUGAGAGUAGUAGCAGGGAUUUGUAACUCAUCCACACUUUGGAAAUGGAAACAAAUUCCCAGCCCUCAGGAGCAGCCUAAUUUCAUGGGUGAGUACCUUGGCUCUAAAGCCAGACCUUGUGAGGGGGAGGAGAGCGGGUGUUUAGUGCUUUGGCCAGUGCUCAGCACUAAACAGCAAGGGGUGAGGAGCUCUGCCUCUGAAAGCUUCCAUUAGGCUUCUGUUGGCUGCUGCCAGUGUUACAAAAACCUCUUACAUUUUGGGUUGAAGUGGGGUCAGAGAUGAGAUGAGGUCCAGUGGGAGCUCGGCAGCAGCCACAGCCCAUAGGCAGGGCAGGAGUGAUGGUUAGAAAGGGGCUGUGACACAGUGGGGUGAGCUCUGUUACAGAGCCCAUCGUGCACCUUUAACUGGGAUGGAUGGAGGGACGGAUGGAUGGAUGGAUGGAUUCAGGGGCUGCAGAGGUAGAGUGAGGUGUGCAUUCAUUCCUCAGGUGCUGCCUAUGCAGUGUCUGCCUCUGGCACAGUGCCUGGAUGGGAUGGUGUGGUGGUAUAACCUGACCUGGCAAUUCUGCUCUUGGCUCAUGUCUGUCUUAUUCACCUCCAAAUCUGAAUGCACAUGGGCUUGGAAUGCAUGGCUACUCCUGUGGUAAGCUCAGAAAAUAUUCCCAAGAGUGUAUGGCCUCUGGGAAUAUCAGGCACUGUGUCCUGGUGCAGAUGGAAGUUGAUGCCUCCAUCUUUGACAGCACAGAGGCAGGAGCAGGUGUGUUGGGCACACAGGAGUUUUGGGAAGCAAUGCUACAGCUCCAGGUGAGAUCCUGGUAGCCUAAAACAUUCUUGGCAUGAGCUGUGGAUGUGUUCCCAGCAGCAGUGUGUCACUUACAGCCUGGGGAAGGGUUAGAAGCAGGAGGGUCCUCCUCUCCCCUCAGAAGCACAACUUGGCAGGGAAAUUUUCACAGGGAGUUUUGCUAACGUUGCUCAGAAGGAAAUCACCCCCUCCUGCUCUGGUUCAUGUUUUGCCGUCUAAGGUAGUGAUUUUCAGACAGUGACUUCUGUUUUCAAGAGAUGUUUCCACCUUUCCUGCCCCCUCUCUCCCUCUCAGCUCUGGCCUAGGAUUGUUUUCAGCAGUGUGUGACAUUAGGCACAGCAUCUAUCUGUUCUGCCCUGACCAGCAUAGAUAGAUCAGGGAGGAAAGUGAAGCACCUGCUCCACUCGAGUCUCCAGUUUUCCUUUCUAAAAUGUUUUUAUUUCCUUGUCUUCACCUUUGGCAACAGAAGAGGGGAAAACCAGUUCUCAGCCAAUGGCCUUAACCUUUUCUCCCUCUCCAAACCCUGCCUGCCCUUAGAGCACUCGGAUGCAAGGCCAGUUUCAUCCAGAAACGCCCCAGAGGUGGCGAUGGGGCUGCAGCUCCGUCAGGCACGGCGCUCAUUCAAGCCCUCCCUGCUUGGCCAGCCUGGUAUGUUCUGUUUGUCAGGGGUUUCUGAAUGAGGUCUGUCCUGUUCCCAAGGGAUUUUCCACUUCCUGUGAUCAGUCUGCUGUCAAGGUUCAGCACCUGGAACCCACCUCUUUGGCAGUGUGGUUUGGAAAACACCUCUGUGUCUCUGUGUGUGUGUGUGCCUUGAAGCACAUCCUGCGUGUGUGUGUGUACAAGCCUUGAAGCACAUCCUACGUGUGUGUGUGUACAAACCUUUGUGUUGCAUUGCUGCAGUCUGGGAGGGGGAGAGAAUCCAAGCUGGAGAUGCCCCUUCCUUCGUUCCCUGCAGUUACACCAAGUGUCCAUGAUGUCUUUUCUGUGCCAUUCCCACCACGCCAUGCAGCUCCUGGAUUCCUUUCCAGUCCUGGUUUCUCCUCAGUGCAAGGGAUGUCUGGCUGGUGAAAUGCUGAGUGUGUGGUGUGCUUGGAGCUCCGAGCCCCUGCUCCCUCCCUGGGCAGUCCUGUGGGCUCUUUGCUUUAAAUUGAGGCACUUUUAGACCCUCCUGGACCGUGCUGUAGCGCAUUUCCAAGCGUGGCUCCAGUGUUGAGCUGGGCAGAUCCAGCGUAAAUGCCACAGCACGCCGCAGCCCUGCCUUGCAAACAGCUCCUGUCCUGCCUUCCUGUGCCAGGCUGUGCAGUGCUUUUGUUCUGAGCCAAAAAUGUCCAGCGAGCACCAGGGAGGGAGCACAUGCCCCUCUCUCAGCCCCAAAGCUGUGGAAGCAGAAGGCUUUAAUGACUGACCUCGCUGCUGUGCUAAAUAAAUAGUUGUCUUUUCUCUCGUACUGA